GUCUGCGAGCAAGAACAAGGAUCGUCUGGAAGAUAUCGAUACAAGAGUGCAGGGAAGACUUCUGCGAGACGAGAACUGUGCUUUGAAGGGGGUUUAUUUUCUUUGGCUUAUAUUACUGCGGUUGGAACGCGAAGAGCGAGCGGAAAAGAAAUUGAGAUCCACUAAUAGUGGCGAUGUCCAGCAGCGCGGUAGCAUUCGAAGCGCGGUCAAAUAACUACAGCUUUGGCAAUGUCUUCAAAACUCUCACAAAGGGACUCAAGUCCUCCUACACAUCUGCUGCUGCGUCCGACGCGAACUCUACGACUCUACUAAGCCACCGGCGACGGAGCAAGGUUGCCGGUGUUGGCCUUCAUGUGUUGAUCGCGCGACUUCGGGAUGACAACGUGCCAGAAGAACGAAUGGCGGCGGCUGAAGCGCUCAUGAGAGCGGUCAAGACUACUACUGUCUCUGACAGCCUUGUUGAGACCUGGUAUGCGGCACAGGAUAUGCUGAGUCUGACGAACCCUCCCGAGCUCCGUCGUUCGGCUUGGCAGCUUUUGAUGACCUGCAUCGCCUUUGACGCAGACGACGACUCUCUCUCUGUGACGAAGCUGGUGUACUAUCGAACAAUAGUCGAGCGGCCGGUCGGUGAUGACUUUGACUUACAGCUUGCGGCGUUCAGAGCUCUCACAAAAGAUGGAAGAGAGCUGCCGGUCCUGGGUCCGUCCGAGAGUCCGUUUGUGCUAAUCAUCUCGACAUGGCUGCGCGUCAUUUUCAAGACUGUCGAAAAGGCACGCUCGUCUUCGGCGGCGAACCUGCAGGAGUGCGAAAAGUCCUUGCGCGCAAUCUGCUCAUAUACUAUCAACGUCAUCAAGUUCAACUACUACGCUUUCGACGAGAAAGAUAUCGUCUCUCUUUUACGCGACAUCUUAAACGUCUGCCGCCGGUCGUCUAGCAAGUCAGACACCGUGGAAGGAAUUGCAAUGAUCAGCACUCUCACCGUCUACGGAAACCUACCGAUAUCCAUGCUCAAUCCCAGCAUAGAGACACUCUGCAGCGCAAGCGUGGUCGUACCUGAGCUCUUUGACUCGUGCUGGGAAGCUAUCCGCCAUCUCGUCAACAGUCAUCUGACCAACAACACAAUCGUCUCGCUCUACGACCUCUUGCGAGACAGCAAGCCGAACCGCAUCAGCGCGGUCAAGGGUGGAAUCGUAUUUCUCCAGCGACUACUUGAGGAAGAGCCAGAGAAAACAAAGACAUACAAUCUGACAAUCAACUCUGUGAUGAAGUCGUACCGCGCCGCGAUGAAGUUCCAGCAAAACAUAGCGAUCGAUCUUGCCGUCUGCAGUAGCAUGGCUGCUUUGAUCAUGAACGACGAGACGUACAAGAUGAUUAGUUACGACGACUACAAGUCGGACGACUCGCCCUUGACUGUCAUCAUGAACUCUGCGAGCCGAGUCACUCUCCCGCUCAGCGACGACUACAGAGCACAGUCUACCAGAGAGACCGAGGCUUCGAACGCAAUCAUGACACUCGUUCAACAGAUCAUGGUUAAGCUGUACUACUCUUACACGUCCGAGUCGUUCUUCGGGCCAUCGGACGUACUCAUGAGCUUUUUCUUGCAUGUAAACACAUAUGCCCAUCAGGAGAUUGCAGAGACGGUCGUUGAUUUCUACGAGCGCGAGUAUCUUUGCUUUCCCUCCUCGAGUGGGUGGGAGGCAAACUCCUCUGCUCUAUUAGAAUCAUACUUUGGUAACCAGGCGCGCCCUUACGCACUGCGACUGCGAGUCAUGCGCCAUAUGGAGACAGUGUACAAGGUUGCCAGAGAAGUCUGCGAGGAAGACGUGGUCGACCGGUUCCUGCACCGAAUAUUUGACACCAUCGGCACAGAGACCGACAUGAACAUCCUAGCGCAGGUCGUCGAUUUCGGUGUCGAAGUGGCUUCUACAAACAACGUCGCCGCGUUCGAGAAGCUAGUCGAGAAUUUCUACAAGUGUAUGCAGCUGCAGGCUUCCAGACGAUCACAAGAGCCUUCGGCAUCAGACGGAAUACUUUCCUCUGGCUCAACUGCGAGACAAGCGUCAGCGCGCUUCGCUCGCCCGACGUCGCAGUCCACCAAUCCCCUUCUCUCGGUCUCUCGCGCGCGGGCAAACUCGGCUUCGAAGCAAACCCCAGACCUGGCUAUGACUCCAGCCAAGAGCAAUCAAGUGACGGCAUCGCAGAUCAUUGCCCGUGCGUUUGUCAUUAUGUUUAUCAACGCGCUCGAGAAAUCUGGCGAGAAAUGCGGAAUAAUGUAUCGCCAUCUGCUGCGGAUCGCCGGCGCGUCUUCGAAAUGGGACGCGCGGACGAUCUUGAUUGUGUUUAACCUGCUGUUUCGGAUUAGAGUCAACUCAGCUUCGCGCGUCAUGCUCUUGCAUCCAACUGAUAUGGAUGGGUUUGCAGAAUCACUGGGCCGCUAUAAACCGACGAUGACGCCGGAAGCGAUCGAGAAAGCAUUGUGGCUGUAUCCCGAGGACCCGAUGGUUCUAGGCGCUUCUCUUCCUCCUCGAGCCAGUUACUUUGUCACAAUCAUGGGCACUGACACGAGACUUCAGCAGGAGGAGAAAUGCGACAUUUCCGAAGGCGCAGAGUUUGGCCCGCGGCAGCAGUGCGAGGAGGUCGUGAUCGACCGCCGGCGCGGAACCGCGGUGCUGAACAUGUCUAGCUGGCUUGCGAUCGUCACCGACAUUCUCCGCGAAGGAGCAGAUUGGGAGGUGUACUCGUUCGUAAUUGCGUUCAUGCCGCCGCAGAUUUCGAACGUGCAGCUCUUUGUGCAUUCGAGAGAGGAGAUGCGCGAGCUGCGAUCGGUGCUGUGUGAGCAGAUCGCGGUGCGGGUUACGCAGACGCAGUUUGGUGAGAAAGUCGCAAAGGCGGAUGUGCAGGUGUGUUUUAUCAGAUCGAUGUCGUCGGUGAUCGCGUACCACUCGUUCUUCUCCAAAGCCGAGCAGGACACGAUUGUGAAAUCCGUGCUGCUCGGGCUCGGCGCGCACGAGAAAGUCGCGGCGGCAGUGGUGCACUGUCUGCUGAUGUGCUGCCACGAGUUCCCGAUCUCGAUCAAGCGGGUUCUGUCGCAGAUCUUCACGUCGUUCCAGACCAAGAUCACAAACUCGGCGCUCAGCGUGCAUAUUCUUGAGUUUUUGUCGGCGUUGGCGAGGAUCCCGUCGCUGACGUCUAAUUUCACACAGGACGACUUCAAGCGCGUGUUUGCGAUGGCGUUCAAGUACGUCGAGCAUGCGAAUGACAUGUCGUCUACGAUUGGAACGGAUGAGGUGCAAAACUCGAAUAACAGAGUGCUUUCUCAGUACCUGAUUGCUCUGGCGCACAACGUGGUGACCACCUGGUUUUUGACUAUGAAGAUGACUGAUCGCUGCGACCUGGCGCCGUUCAUCAUGCGCGGGCUGUUGCUGGCUAACAGCAACCGGCCGACGGCCAUUCCCGAGUCUGGAAACGAGUCCAGGCCAAGCGAUGAGCGCACAUGGGCCUCGAUCGAUUUGAUUACGCGGUUCAUGUACUCCGAGACCGAGCUUAAGAUGCAGGAUGUAUUCAAGGGUAUCGGCGGUGGCAAAAAAUCUUCUGAGGUGGUGGGAAAUAUCUGGGUGCAUGGCCUGAGCAUCGUGUCUAUUGAGUCGUUCCUAAAGACUGGGAUCUCGCAGGUUGUGGUGCGUCGGCCGACAGGUACUACUUCGUUUAGUUUGCUGCCGGAUCAUAGCAUGCUGCCGGCGUGGAAAGAUAGUCUUGAGAGUCCAAUCACGAGCUUUCCGGACGACUUUUCAGCCGACGACCAACUCGCGCUCCUGCCGCCGUAUUUCUUCACCGAGCUCGUGGCGCCGCCAGAGAUGCAGUCCUCGAUCACGCCGACGCUUGUGUCGAACCCUGCCGAUCCGGCGAUUGUGCGCGCGCUGCAGAUGUACGACCGCACGCCGGUAGUUGAGUUUCACAAGAUUGGGAUUAUCUACAUGGGACUUAAUCAGACGUCUGAGCAGGAGAUCCUCGCGAACGCGGUCGGGUCGAAAGCAUAUCUUGAUUUCCUGGACGGGAUGGGACAGUUGAUUCGGCUCAAGGGGAAUAAACAGGUGUACACGGGUGGUCUGGAUACCGAGGGCGAUGUGGACGGGGAGUACGCGUAUGCGUGGAAAGAUAAGAUCACCCAGGCUAUCUUCCACUGCACGACGUUGAUGCCAAGUCGUCGGCGGAGCGUGAACGGCCGGAGCGAAUCGACCGAGAACCUGGGCGAGCCGCUGUACGACGACGAGAGCCUGUCGAACAAGAAGCGACAUAUCGGAAAUAACUUUGUGAAUAUCUACUGGAAUGAGUCCGGGCGGCCGUUCAAUUUUGAUAUGAUUCGAAGCCAGUUCAAUUUCAUCAAUAUUGUGAUCUCGCCACAUACCAAGGCCGCGUCGUCGUUUGCUCCGGACUCGUCCGUGGCGUCUGCGUUACUUGGGACGGGAAGUAGUGCGGUGAAGGGCUUUGAUUUCUUCAAAGUCAGAGUAUACGUCAAGCCCGAGGCGGACAAGUCUGCGUUGUUUGCGCCGGCGUCGCAUCUAAAGUUGAUUGGCAAGAACUCCUUGCCGUUCUUUGUGCGCAACAUGGCGUUGAACGCGGAUAUCUUUUCGUUUGUGUGGCAUAUGCAUCCCGGGGACGAGUACUUGAGUAACUGGCAGUACAGGGUGCGGCAGACAAAGUUGCUCAAGGAGCGGAUUGAUAAGAUUAGAGAGAAGGAGGAGCGGGAGGCGGCGGAGAAGGCAAAGGCAGGCGAUGCUUGAUUCAUUUGUACAUAUUGAGAAUUGUUUUUUUUGAAUAUUUUCAGUGUUUUGGAAUAUUUGGUAUUAUUUUUUGA